AUGCAAGAAGUCUCUCUUCCAACUCUUGUCAAAUACGAUGCUCCUGUUCCAGUUGAUGAGCCGGAUACUCUUAAGAGAUCCCGUACAAAUGCAGUUGCAGGAGUUGAUGGAGAUCAAAUCAAUCGUGAUGUUCUUAAUUCGUUAUUCCCUCCAAUUGAGUUCGAGCAGGAUGAAAUAAAAUACACAAGGUCUAUUAGCACAGCUCCGAUUUCUAAGACUGAUGUUACCAAACUCAGAACAGAAUUAGAUACACUUUUACAUAAGAAUAAGACAAAACCAAAAGGAAUUGAUAUCAUCCGCUCUGAAUUAUACUCUCAAUGCUUCGAGGAAGUUAUUCGCCAAGUUACAAUUGAUUCAAACGCUCGAGGCAGAUUAUUAUUCCGCAUACGCAAUCAUUACAAGACUCUUAUUCAAUCAUAUAAAGAUUUAAACGAGCUCGCCCUUAACUUUGGAGCAAAUAAGAAUAUUCAGGUAACUUUGGGAAUGGACCAACUUCUUGAUUAUAAUAAAAAGCUUAGAGAAAAACGUCGUGAACUAGAACUUGAAGCAAAUAACCUUCAAAUUCAGUUAGAUGGCCUCGAAAAGAGAAUUCAAGAAAACAAACAAAUUCGCGAAAAGGAAUUUGCAGAUGAAAUAGCCUUCUUAAAGAAACAAGGACAGUCUAUUAAAAUGAUCUACGACCAAUGCCAGAAUAGACCACCGUGA